AUGUCGGAUGAGGAGAGGGAAGAGAGGGAGCUGGAUCUCUCCUCUCCAGAGGUUGUCACCAAGUACAAAUCCGCCGCAGAGAUCGUUAACAAGGCACUUCAAUUGGUGGUGUCCGAAUGUAGGGAGGGAGCUUUGGUUGUUGACCUCUGUGAGAAAGGCGAUGCUUUCAUCAGAGAUCAGGCUGGGAACAUGUACAAGAAUGUGAAGAAGAAGAUUGAAAGGGGUGUUGCUUUCCCAACUUGCAUAUCUUUAAACAACACUGUCUGCCAUUUUUCGCCUGCGAAAGAUGAUACUACUAAGAUUGGGGCUGGCGAUGUUAUGAAAAUUGACAUGGGGUGUCACAUAGAUGGGUUUAUUGCUGUAGUUGCUCAUACUCAUGUAGUUCAGUCUGGGAAAGGACCUAUCACAGGCAGAGCAGCCGAUGUUAUUGCUGCUGCAAAUACUGCAGCUGAGGUUGCCUUGAGACUCGUGCGGCCUGGGAAGAAGAAUAAAGAUGUGACGGAAGCAAUUCAGAAAGUUGCUGCUGCUUACGACUGCAAGAUUGUUGAAGGAGUUCUAAGUCAUCAGAUGAAACAGUUCGUGAUUGAUGGAAACAAGGUUGUAUUGAGUGCGUCAGGCCCUGAAACGAGAGUUGAUGAAGCAGAAUUCGAGGAAAAUGAAGUUUAUUCCAUUGACAUUGUCACGAGUACUGGUGAAGGCAAGCCAAAGUUGUUGGACGAGAAACAGACAACCAUAUAUAAAAGAGCUGUUGACAAGAAUUAUCACCUCAAGAUAAAGGCGUCACGGUUCAUAUUUAGUGAGAUUAGUCAGAAGUUCCCCGUCAUGCCUUUCACUGCCAGGGCCCUGGAAGAUAAGCGUGCUCGUUUGGGUUUACUAGAAUGUGUUAAUCACGAUCUUCUACAGCCAUAUCCUGUACUUCAUGAGAAGCCUGGUGACUUGGUUGCUCACAUUAAGUUCACCGUAUUGCUAAUGCCUAAUGGGUCGGAUCGGAUCACCUCUCAUACUCUACAAGAGUUGGAACCUACGAAAACAGUUGAUGAUACUGAGAUCAAGGCCUGGUUAGCACUGCCCACGAAGACAAAGAAGAAAGGUGGCGGCAAAAAGAAGAAAGGCAAGAAAGCAGACAAGUCGGAGGAUGCUAGUGCUGAUGCCGAGCCCAUGGAGUCGGCCGCUUAA